AUGUGUCGGAAGCGGAAGAACCGAUGUGCGGUGCCCGUCGAGGGAGAGCCGUGCGUCGAGUGCAAGGCGACGGGACGCAGCUGCACCUAUCUACUACCGCCACCAGCAAGGCCGAAGAAAGACGCGACGUCGCAGUCACCUACGUCCGCCCUAACCGACCUCCCGCUACCCCCGCUCACUUCGACCUCUUUGACGCAACCCUCGAACAGUCUCCCUGCCCUCGCUCCAACAGCUCGACCCGCGCCUUCCGCUCUCAAGCGCCCCCGAGUAGCGUUCUCGGCUGGCGAGCCCGCUCAGAAGCGAGCUGCAGUACUUCCCGCCGCGUCUUGGACACCCGCCUCUCUCGACCGAGAUCUGCCGGAAGGCGUCGAGCCUUGCGCAGUCACCGCUACCCUUACCGACGACCUGCUCAAUCACCAGACAGUCGGCACGUCUCGACAGAUCUCGAGCGACCACAGCCGCGCGCAGUUCAUCCUCUUUCACGCAACACCUUCUCAUCGACCGCUUCUCGACGACUUCGAAGCGACGACUCUCCGUCGCGUCCGCUCAUUCAUCGCUUCCACCGCACCGCACCUUUCCGAGGAGACGCUCAUCGACCACUAUCUUUCCUUCAUCCACCCUACUCUGCCUGUUCUCCCGCUCUCGCCGAUCCAUCCCCCAGACUCCCUUCCUCCAAGCCUCCGUGCUUCGAUCUUGGUCGAAACACUCGGUUACUUCCCCUCGCUCCGCGGUAACGGCGACUACGCCUGGCGUCUCUUGAAGGAGGAGAAGCUGGGCGAGAGGAUGCUCGACCGGCCGAAGCUGAGUAGCUUGGCAACCGCUAUACUCGAGCUGUCGACGUCGAUGGACCCGAGAGGCGACUAUGCGUUGCUUGCGAAGACAAUAGCACACGCUCAGCUUCUUGGCUUGCACAUCGACUGCCGGUCUUGGGCGAUCCCGGACUGGGAGAAGUCGCUUCGGCAGCGGCUGUGGUGGUGCUUGCGCAUCCAUGAUGCAUGGGCUUCCUUUCUGAACUCGCGACCAUCGCACAUUCAGGCCGGAAACGCGAAUGUUCCGUUGCCGACUUUCGCCGCCCAUACGACAGCGAGCGAUGUCGACAGCACAGAGAUCUCGUUCGUCUUCGCAUGCCGACUCGCCCUCGUCGUCGGGCAGCUCCAGGCGGAGGUUUCGACGCUGGACAACUACGGCUCGUCCUCUCGCGCCGAUGCUUGCGACGCGCUCGAGAAGGACCUGAACGCGCUGAAGGAGAGCAUCAGGGGGUACGUCUCGGCGCACGCUCGCUCGCCUGGAAUGGACUGCCUGCUCUUCUGCCUCUUCGCCCUCCGUUGCAUGAUUCGACGCAUCAACAUCGAGGUUCGGAUCGGCCUUGGCAGCGCAUUCGCACCCGACGGCAACACGCUCGAGAUCUUCGCCGAAUUCGUCACUUUUUGCUCGAUGCUACGGGAGUCGUCCUUUGGCGCGGAGCAGUCAUGGCUUCCUUACACCUCGCACAUCCUCUCUUCCGUCUUGUCCUCCCUUGUCCGCCUCUCUCUCGCAAGCCUCUCGAGCAGACACUCGCCAUCAGCAUCAGUCACAUCGCACGCCUCCUCUUUCGAUCGCCCAGCUACGCCAACAUCCUCGCCGGUCCUCCUCCUCGGCCGUCUCUGCUCGGUCUUGCACGCCGCGCGCGACAGCUACGGCUGGACCCGCGCCGAUGCCGCGCUGAGUCGCGCAGCAAGCGUCGCAGAACGCCUCACAUCUGCGAUGCAUGCGGAUGCGGCGAGCGACGACUACAGCGAGGUUAUUGCAGCUCUGCAGAGCACGAACCUAGCGGAGGACGCGGGUAUGGACGCGAAUGGCGCUGGAGCGGACGACGCACUCGUGCUGGAUGCGCUGGCAAGUCUCGCAGGUGCGGCAGAGGAAGGCGGGUACGGCGAGAUGCCUGCCGCCGUGGACGGGUUGGGACGGUUGGCCUCGUCCGCCGGCGGCGUCUCGAUGGGAGACUCGCUGGGGCUGUUUGGCUCGAACGCCUUGGAGUUACCAGACCUCGAGGAAUGGCUCAACGUACUGGAUCAGCCACAAGAAUGGGGACAGGAUGUGGGCUUCGAUGCGUCGGUUGGAUCUGGGUGGUGA